AUGAUCACGCUUGCGAUUCACGGCGGGGCAGGAAAUAUAACACCUGCCAUUAUGAAUAAAGACCAGGAACAUCAGUACACCGCAGGCCUUCGUGCUGCACUGGAUGCGGGUUAUGAUGUAUUACGGCAAAAUGGUGCUGCGGUGGAUGCCGUUGUUGCAGCCAUAGAGGUACUGGAAAAUAAUCCUUUGUUUAAUGCCGGUAAGGGUUCUGUAUUCACUAAGAAAGGGCUUCAUGAAAUGGAUGCGGCCCUGAUGAACGGAGCUGAUCUGACGGCGGGUUCGGUAGCCGGUGUACGCAAUAUCAAAAACCCGAUUAAGCUGGCCCGUGAGGUGAUGCUGCAUUCCGGGCAUGUAAUGCUUAGCGGAAAGGGGGCAGGUGAGUUUGCCCUGAAACAGGGAGUAGAGAUCACCCAUGAUGAUUACUUUUUCAAUAAAGACCGUUAUGAUCAGUGGGUGGAGAUCCGCGACAGCGACUUCUACCAGCUGGACCAUAAGGCUGAUAACCUGAAGGGCGUGAUCCCGAAUACCGAUCAUAAAUUUGGUACGGUAGGCGCUGUGGCCUGCGAUAGUCUUGGUCACCUGGCGGCAGGUACCAGUACCGGUGGUAUGACCAACAAGCGUUUUGGCCGGAUAGGGGAUAGUCCUGUUAUUGGCGCCGGUACGUAUGCCAACGAUAAAACCUGUGCGAUUUCCUGCACGGGUCAUGGCGAGUUUUUCCUGCGCGCGGUAGUGGCCUAUGAUGUGUCCUGCCUGAUGGAAUACAAGGGACUGUCGUUACAGGAGGCCUGUAAUGUGGUGAUAAAAGACAAGCUCUACCAGAUGGGUGGAGAAGGGGGCAUGAUUGCUGUAAAUGCAGCGGGUGAGCAUAAAUUUACCUUUAACAGUGCCGGUAUGUACCGGGCUGUGCGGAAUAGUGAGGGUAUGGAGCAGAUCGCUUAUUAUGGUGAAUAA